ACUACCCAUUUUGGACAAGUUGAAACGGGGAGGAGUUAUCUCUAGUCCCUCCACCCCAAGAUUACUGAGGCAGGUCUGAGCCCCAAGGGAGCAGAGCACUGUUGAGUGGUGACCCCCUGAGUGAACACCCCAUCGGCCGGAGGCCGCCCAGAGACGGAGACCCGCACUCAAGUGCAGCAUCGGAACACCCAGCGGAGGUGCUGGCCACACCAAGCCGUCACCCAGAGCAGUGCCUGUCCUUGAGAGCUAGUUCCCGAAAAUCAUCUACAAUUUCAACUCCUGGAAAGAAAGACACGACAAACCCUGUGCCCAUAGAACUCAGAUAACACCCAGGUGGGCACUACUCCGUGCAUCUGAGGACAGAAGCACCUGGAAGGCGCCUGGCGGAACUAGAGAGCAGCUUCUUCCAGCUGGACCAGCAAGACCCUGUGACCUUUGGGGACCAGCAGAGCAGAGGCCAAGCAGAAGGAUAAUCCUGGGCUCUGAAGCCAGGCUUCCCCGAGGCACAGCAUCGGGCACACAGGUGAGAAUCCACCAGACCUCGGCGCCUCAGGCUGCGUCAGAGACUGCAACAGUCAGCACACAUUCCUGUCUGAUCAGGCUCCCUCCCUCAAGUCCUCUGCGAUGGCUCUGGCGAUGCUUCGGGACUGGUGCAGGUGGAUGGGUGCGAACGCAGAGCGCUCCCUGCUCAUCCUGGGUAUCCCUGAUGACUGCCAGGAACAUGAGUUCCAGGAGGCCGUGCGGGCUGCCCUGUCGCCCCUGGGCAGGUACCGAGUACUCACCAAGCACUUCAGAAAGGAGCUCGGGGCCAAGGCAGCCUUGGUGGAGUUCGCUGAGUAUUUAAACCGAAGCUUGAUUCCCCAUCAAAUACCAGGCAAUGGGGGGCCCUGGAAAGUGAUCUUCCUGCCCCAAGUACCUGUUAUUGAGUUUCAGGAUAUGCCCAGUUUUCCUGCACAGCCCCAGGGCCAAGCAGUAGCAAAAGCUGCAGGUGAGGCAGGAGGCGCAGGUGAGGCAGGAGGUGUAGGUGAGGCAGGAGGCGCAGGUGAGGCAGGAGGCACAGGUGAGGCAGGAGGCACAGGUGAGGCAGGAGCAGCAGGUGAGGCAGGAGCAGCAGGUGAGGCAGGAGGUGUAGGUGAGGCAGGAGCAGCAGGUGAGGCAGGAGGCGCAGGUGAGGCAGGAGCAGCAGGUGAGGCAGGAGCAGCAAGUGAGGCAGGAGCAGCAGGUGAGGCAGGAGGCGUAGGUGAGGCAGGAGCAGCAGGUGAGGCAGGAGGCGCAGGCGAGGCAGGAGCAGCAGGUGAGGCAGGAGGCGCAGGUGAGGCAGGAGCAGCAGGUGAGGCAGGAGGCGCAGGUGAGGGAAGAGCAGCAGGUGAGGCAGGAGCAGCAGGUGAGGCAGGAGGCGCAGGUGAGGGAAGAGCAGCAGGUGAGGCAGGAGCAGCAGGUGAGGCAGGAGCUGUGGGUGAGGCAGGAGCUGCAGGUGAGGCAGGAGCUGUGGGUGAGGCAGGAGGGACAAAUGUAACAAAAGCCUGGGUCCAGCCUUGGCGCUGCACCCUACAGGCUGUGCUGGAAAACAGGGCCUACCGGGAAUUGAGACCCUUUUCCGGGAGGGAGCAGCCAGGCUGCGAGGAAGAGUCCUUUGAGAGCUGGGUGGAGCACGCCAAGGAUAUGCUGCAGCUGUGGUGCCACGUGUCGGAAAGGGAGAAGAAGAGGUGGCUGCUGGAGAGCUUGGGCGGCCCGGCCCUGGAAGUCGUGAGCGGCCUCCUGGAGGAAGAUGCCAACUUGUCCGCGCUGGACUGCCUGGCGGCGCUGGGGCAGGUAUUUAGGAACCAGGACACUCGAAUGACUUCGAGGCUGAAGUUCCUGACCUGCACGCAGGGGCCCCAGGAGGGGCUGUUUGCCUUCGUGGUGCGCCUGGAAGGCCUGCUGCAGAGGGCUGUGGAGAAGGGGGCCGUCUGCCCAGCCUUGGCCAAUUACCUGCGACUACAGCAGGUGCUGUCUCAGGCCCGCCCCAGCGAGGCACUCCAGGAUACCCUGAGAGGGAUGCAGCUGGAGAAUAGGCCACCUGGCUUCCUGGGGCUGCUUCGGCUCAUCCGGGAGAUGGAGGCGUGGGCAGCCUUCCCAGCGAGGAGCCAGCAGGGUGUGGCCUGGGCAGCGGCCCCAGUGGAGAGUGAAGACCCAGCUGCUGCCCAGGCCUCCCCAGCCCAGGGGGACGCCAGCGAGGCUGGUCCCGGAGCAGAAGAUGCUGCCGAGGCCGCUUCUGCCACCAAAGAGGCUGCAAGGGGAGCCCCUGCCGCUGGGGAAGGUGAAAGUGCCCCUGCAGGCCCCAAAGGCCUAGGUCAGGCAAGGCCCAUAGAGGUCCCCUGGGGCUCCUCCCCAGCCCGGAUGAGCAGUGCUGUCUGGGUGUUCCCAAGAGGUCUUAGCUGGGGUCCAGAGGGCCUCAUCCAGGUGAGAGGCCAGGAAGCCAGGAAACCCCCACUGGAGGGGCUCCAGACCAUCUUGGAGGAGCCCGAAAACGAGGAUGAGGACGGGGCCGGGGACUCGGGCCAGCCCAAGUCCUCCCAGGGCAAAUAGGCUCCUAGGGCCCCGGGGCCUCCUCUCCUCUCAGGCAGCAGCGCCUUGGAGGCAGACAGAGGCCAGGCCAGGGCCAGUCCCUCACCCCACAUUCAGGAGUAAGGGCCCCCCACCUCCCCCAAGGGGCUCUGGCCACCACCCCCAUUCCUUCCCUGUGACCCAGAUGACCACGUUUGAUACAAAAUGGGGUGGGGAGAGGCGCCCCCCCGCUCCCUUGUACCCAGCACACCCAGCCCCAGCCCCAAACCCUGCCGCCAUGGGGGGCUGGCCUGGAGGGAGCCCUGAGUGGCCAGCUGUGGCCUGGGUGGGGGCACCUGAAGAUGUCUGCCCCCAACCCAGGCCGUGAGUUGGGAGAGACAGGGGGAAAGAGGCCCUCUCAAGGUUGCCAGUUGCCUGGGUCUCUCAAGAGGGGUCAGCCCACUUGCCAUCUCCGGGGCAGGCUGCCCUCUGUUCCAGGAAGCUCACCCUCACCUGUGUGACCCACGCGCCCAGCAGACGCCCACCCACUGCUAGCCAUCAUUUCUGCGAAAAGUCAUGUACUGUGCGCCCAUGCAGGCGGCCACCUCUGGGCCCGGGGCACGUGCUGUGAGCUUCCUGCGAGCCCAGGCUCUGCUUGCUGCUGUCCUGCAUCGUGAGCACCACCUCUGCUUUCCUGGCGUAGAUCUAGGCCAGGGGCUGCUUGUUCUCGUGGAGCUGCGUGUGUUCUUCUCUGAGCAGCUUCUCCCCGGAGACCCCCAGCGCAGUCCCAGGAGAUGGCGGGAAGGAGGCACCAGGGCACGGCGGACGCUCACCCCGUGACCACGAUGGUGACCCUGACUGCGGGAAGAAGAACCGGACCCGGGGCAGAGCGGGGCUGCGUGAGGCUCCACAGGGACUAUGCUUUGGCGUUUCACCCCGUUGUUACUUGUGACUCAGUUUCUUCAGCCUGGUGGGGUGUUCCCUGGUGUUUCCCAGUGUUCUGUGACUGUCCUGUGAAGGCCAUAGGGAUGGGCUCAGGAGGGGGCUCCCUGAAGCCAGUGGACACUGCCAGAGUCCACUGUCCUGGCAAAAGGCAGACCCUGGGGCCCUCGGGAAGGAGGGAGGUGGCAGCGGGGGCAGCAGCGGGAGGGGGAGCAGAUGACGCACCUUGCCAGGAACCCCAGGAGGAGGGGGCCCGGGACCUGUGGCCUGUGGUGGCUGUUUACAGUUUCUCUCUGUAUUGUGGUUUCCUUCUCUUCAAUAGUUUCAGUAUAUGUUUCUCUUCAAUAAAUUUCAUUCCGUGUUCCA